UAUACGGAUUGGAGAGGCUCUUCACAGCCCCUCUGGCACUGUAUCUGUUAGGGCGCAUAGAGGGGCAGUGCCAUGCACACUCCUGACUAUGCGCUGCUCCUGAGCGGAGGGAACCAGUCUCUGGUUUUCGGUCCCACUAAUGACCUAGCGAUGGGAACAGCUGGAAACUACACCGUCUGCCCGAACGGGUCCGAUCCGUUUGCCCGAAACGAGGAGGUGGCCCAAAUCGAGAUAAUGGUCCUGAGCAUCACAUUCGUGGUUGCUGUGAUUGGGAAUGUGAGCGUCCUGCUGGCAAUGUACAACACUAAGAAGAAGAUGUCGCGGAUGCACCUUUUCAUCAAACACCUCAGUCUGGCUGACCUAGUGGUCGCCUUCUUCCAGGUGCUGCCGCAGCUCUGCUGGGAGAUCACCUUCCGCUUCUACGGUCCAGACUUUCUCUGCAGGAUAGUCAAGCACCUCCAGGUGAUGGGGAUGUUUGCGUCCACCUACAUGAUGGUGAUGAUGACCCUGGACCGUUACAUUGCCAUCUGUCACCCUCUGAAAACCCUCCAGCAGCCCACCCAGCGCUCCUACACCAUGAUCAUCUCCACGUGGAUGUGCAGCCUGGUGCUCAGCACUCCGCAGUACUUUAUCUUCUCCCUGAGCGAGAUCAAGAACGGCUCGGACGUCUACGACUGCUGGGGUCAUUUUAUCGAGCCGUGGGGCGUCAAGGCGUACAUCACCUGGAUAACCGUGGGCAUCUUCGUCGUGCCCGUGGUCAUUCUCAUGAUGUGCUACGGGUUCAUCUGCCACAACAUCUGGAAAAAUAUCAAAUACAAGAAAAGGAAAACGAUGGCUGGCGCCUCGAACAAGAAAGGGCUAAUUGGGAAGAAUUCAGUCAGCAGCGUUACGACUAUAUCAAGAGCCAAACUGAGGACUGUUAAAAUGACUUUUGUCAUAGUUUUGGCGUAUAUUGUUUGCUGGGCGCCGUUUUUCAUAGUACAGAUGUGGUCUGUGUGGGAUGAAAACUUCCAGUGGGCUGAUUCUGAGAACACAACAGUGACUCUGUCUGCGCUCCUUGCCAGUCUCAACAGCUGCUGUAACCCGUGGAUUUACAUGAUCUUCAGCGGUCACCUCCUCCAGGAUUUUGUACACUGCUUCUCAUUCUGCCACAAAGUGAACACUGACUUCAAGAAGGAGGACUCUGAUAGCAGUCUACGCAGAACAACGUUGCUGACUAAAAUGACCAAUCGAAGCCCUACGGGCAGUUCUGGCAACUGGAGAGAGCUGGACAAUUGGGCUCCCAAGUCCUCCAUUCAGAUAGAUAAUUAAAUUAUGUCUGGCAAUGGCAUCAAGGUACAUAUAGCACGCAGUAUUAACUCAUCUUAACAUUAGGCAUUAUUGACAGUAGUUGAAAUGCCCCCCAAACUCCAAAAAUCUAUAAAGCAAAUCAAGCUUUUUGCAUGUAAAUCAAGACACAGGGUGAAGACAUAUGGUGGAGACAGGAAAUAUGGACACAGUACUUGUGCUUCUUCUUGCUGGAUUUUGUGUGCAUAUUUGUUUUCAAAAAACAUCAACAAAAAUGUAAGUUUUAAACGGGAAAGGGAGUGAAAUUGCAAAGUCACGCUUUUAUAUCACCACAAUUGUUUGGAAAAUCACUACAUGCUGAUGGUUGUGUUGUGUUGAAUUUAGUUAUACUUUUUCUGGAGUCUUAACAUGAUUCCUUUUGAUGCUUUUAAUAGAAAAACACUUUUCCAGUAAUACUGAUGUUUUUACUGGCGGUUAUGUCUCCCAGCAGUGCCGCCGAACACCCUUUCCUGUUAGAGUGUUUACAGAGACAAAACUUACGUAGCAGCCAGGAGGUGUGUAGUGGUGAAAACAACUCUUCCGGACCGCACGUUUCUAAGUAACCAAAGCAGUCACCUCAUCCUUUGUGAUAGCUUUCCAUUUUGUUGUUUUUCUCAGAACCAGAUUUAAUGGCUUUUGUAAAAAUAAAAAAUAAAAACGGAAAGAAACCAACCUUUCCUUUGACCUAUGAAAAAAAGAAAACAUUUUUUGCUUGUGCUUGUGGUUUAGGCUGCAUGUAUUAAUUGGGCCCUUGCAUGCAUCCAUAUUUUUUUUAAUUAUUUCAUCUUGCAGGCAACAUGCUGUGUGGAUCCCUAAAGAGUGGCUGUCAGUUCUGUUGAGCAAAGGCAGAUGGGAUCCCCUUGAAAAUAGCAGGACAUUAACACACACACACACAUGCACACAGUGUAUGGGAUGGCGGGUGUUUGAUGAAGUGAGAUUGGCCACAGCUGGAGGAGUCUACCUACCCACCCCCAGACCUAUCCCAUGGCUUUCACAAAAUUUUGGGGAGAAGGUCACACAUUCCAAACACUCUAUGUACUAUUCCUGAAUUUUUUUUUUCUGACAUCCUGCACCAUUUGGGGUGUUUGUUUAUUGGCUACAUUUACAUUCUACACAGAAACUAUUUUCUGAAAUUUGAAUUUUCUUCUACCAUUAAUGUGAUGUGCAGCACCGCAAUGGUUGUCAGACCACCAUGAGAACCCCCCAAAAAUAUGUAUGUUGUAGUAAUGUAUCAACUCAUUUCUUUAUGCGUGUAUAUUAUUUUUGUACAUAAAAGGCACAUAAAUAUUUGUAAAUAGGAGUAAUAUAUGUAAAUCUGUUCGACAUGAAUUAUAUGUGUCUGUAAUGGCUUGUGCACAUUGAAAAUAAUCUAA